AGCGGUCAUCUGCCAUCUUCUUACACAUGACCCAGAGCGCUCUUGUCUUGGCCUCCGGGCGUCGGUCCCAGAGCCGAUAAGUCUUCUUCCCCUGGCGGCUGUCGCAGUCUCCGCGCCACACACCCCGCUAAGGCUGCUCGCGAGAAGGCUGGCCGCCAUGACGGAGCUGCUCAAGUCUGUGGACUACGAAGUGUUCGGGGCAGUGCAAGGUGUUUGCUUCAGAAUGUACACAGAAGGAGAAGCUAAGAAAAGAGGUCUUGUUGGCUGGGUGAAGAACACAAGCAAAGGCACAGUGACAGGUCAAGUACAAGGCCCCGAAGAAAAGGUUGAUGCCAUGAAGUCCUGGCUGAGCAAGGUUGGGAGUCCUAGUUCUCGCAUCGACCGGGCCGACUUUUCUAAUGAAAAAACAAUCUCUAAAUUGGAAUACUCUGAUUUUAGUAUUCGAUAUUAAUGGAAGAAAAAUAUCUAUUGCAAUGCUUAUAGAAAAUAAAACAGUCUUAGGUUUAUAAUAGUAGGAGAAUUAAAAGUGGAAAGUGUCUCUUCUGGAAUUACACAUUACUGAAAUGUCUGAAACUGAAGACAUUUACUCAUCUAUGUUUUAGCAAGCAGAAACUAAAUAUUAUAAAAUAAAAUGUCAUUAUAAAUUAUCUGAUAUGAACAUUCAAGUACAAUGUUCUUUUAUGGAGUCAUUCAUAUAAAAAUAUUACAGUAUACAUGUUAUUUUAUAUUACAAUAUAUAUGUUAUUUUGGCUAGACAUAAAAUAAAAUUAACUAUCUAAAAUUA